CGUUGGUUUUGACUCUUGAGAAAUCAGACGCGCUGUCAUCCAUUCAGGAUAGCUGACCGUCCGGUCGACGCUGACGUGGCGGCUGAUCGCACCGGUCAAACCGGAGACUUCUAACUCGUUGUUUGCCUGGUCGCCGAUGAUACAUAGGCAGGUAGCACCGCGCGCGUCCCAGAGACGAUCACGGUACUGAAGAUGGAUGCGCCGGCACCAGCCACGGCGGCGGCGGAGGCUCCGGUGCUGGCACCGGCGGUGACGGCGGUGGUGAACGCGCGCUUCUGCGCGCCGGAGGCCACGGCGUUCGCGGUGGCCAAGACGAUCAGCUCCACGGGACGCGACUUCACCGUGACGGACGCCGCCGGCGCCGCGGUGAUGCAGGUGGAGGCCGAGGUGUUCGCGUUCCUGAAGAAAUCCCUCCUCCUCGACGCCUCGCGCCGCCCCGUGCUCGCCAUGCAGGACUCGCCCGUGCUCGGCGGCGCCAGGUGGGAGGUGUUCAGGGGCGACAGCACCAGCCGGAGGAACCCGCUCUUCACCGUGGUGAAGCCGUCGUCGUUCCAGAUCAGGACCAAGAUCUACAUCUUCCUGGCCGGCAACGCCAGCGAGGAGGCGCCUGACUUCGUCAUCCGGGGCAGCUACCACGACGGCGCCUGCACCGUCUCUCCGGGCAACUCGGACGCCGCCAUUGCUCAGAUCACUCGCCGAAACACGGCGCAACUGCUCGGUUUCGGGAGGAACAUAUACACUGCAAGGAUCAACCCAGGCAUAGACCAAGCGUUCGUCAUUGCACUGACCGUGAUUCUGGACGAGAUGCACUAGAGCGUUCAGAAUCCUGUUGUGUUAGUGACCUAUGGCCUAUGGUGAAGUAGGCAGACUCCGUCCUGGUUCACGACUACUACGAUCCUCAGGGAAUGAAGGACGAGCGUUUGCUUUUGUUGUCUACAUAUUGUGUGUAAUAACUGUGCUGUAAGAGUUUCACUUUCAAGUGUUCUGUAGAAAUCCCCGCGUGUCUGAAACUCUGAUUCCCCAUCUAUUUCACAUGAAA